GUGAAUUCUACCCACACCAGAACCACCAUCAUGUUGCGCACUACCACCAAGGUAUUGAAGCCAACUGUCGCGUCCGUGCGCGCGUUCUCGUCGGCCAGCGGCGCCGAAGUCAUCGGGAUCGAUUUGGGUACCACCAAUUCGUGCGUGGCUGUGAUGGAAGGCAAGAACCCCCGUGUGAUUGAAAACUCGGAAGGGUCCCGCACCACCCCCUCCGUGGUGGCCAUCUUGGAAAACGGCGAACGUUUGGUCGGUAUGCCCGCCAAGCGCCAGGCCGUGACUAACCCGUACAACACAUUGUACGCUGUCAAGCGUUUGAUCGGACGUAAGUUCCAAGACAAGGAAACGCAGGAAGUGGCCAAGGUCGUGUCGUACAAGAUCGUCGCCGGCACCAACGGCACGGACGCGUGGGUUGAAGCCCAAGGCCAAAAGUAUUCGCCGUCUCAAAUCGGGUCCAUGGUAUUGACCAAGAUGAAGGAGACCGCCGAAGGUUUCCUCGGCAAGACCAUCACCCAAGCGGUGGUGACCGUCCCUGCGUACUUUAACGACUCGCAGCGCCAGGCCACCAAGGACGCUGGUAAAAUUGCCGGGUUGGAUGUGUUGCGUAUCAUCAACGAGCCCACCGCCGCCGCGUUGGCGUACGGGUUGGACAAGGCCGACGGCAAGGUGAUUGCCGUGUUCGAUUUGGGCGGCGGGACCUUUGAUGUGUCGAUCUUGGAAAUUUCCGGAGGCGUGUUCGAGGUCAAGUCGACCAACGGUGACACGUUGCUCGGCGGCGAAGACUUUGACGAAGAGUUGCUGCGCCACUUGGUCUCGGAAUUCAAGCGCGAGUCGGGCAUCGACCUCAGCGGCGACGGCCUCGCCAUGCAACGCCUGCGCGAAGCCGCCGAGAAGGCCAAGCGCGAAUUGGACGGGUUGGCGCAAACCGACGUGAGUUUGCCGUUCAUCACGGCUGACGCCACUGGCCCCAAGCACUUGAACAUCAAGAUUACGCGCGCACAAUUUGAAAAGCUGGUGAACCACUUGAUCGAGCGCACGCUGAACCCGUGCAAGAAGUGCGUGAAGGAUGCCGGCGUGACCAAGGACGAGAUCAACGAAGUGAUUUUGGUGGGCGGCAUGUCCCGCAUGCCCAAGGUGCAGACCAGCGUGGAAGAGUUCUUUGGCAAGCGCCCGAGCAAGGGCGUCAACCCCGACGAAGUCGUGGCGAUGGGUGCCGCCAUCCAGGGCGGCGUGCUCCGCGGCGACGUCAAGGACAUUUUGCUGCUGGACGUGACGCCCCUGAGUUUGGGCAUUGAAACGUUGGGCGGCGUAUUCACCAAGUUGAUUCCCCGCAACACGACCAUCCCGACCAAGAAGUCGCAGGUGUUCUCGACGGCUUCGGACAACCAGACCCAAGUGGGUAUCAAGGUGCUGCAAGGCGAGCGCGAAAUGGCUGCCGACAACAAGCUGCUCGGUAACUUUGACCUGCAAAACAUCCCCCCCGCCCCCCGCGGCAUCCCCCAGAUCGAAGUGAGCUUUGAUAUUGACGCGAACGGCAUUGUGAACGUUGGCGCACGCGACAAGGCCACGGGCAAGGAGCAGAACAUUGUGAUCCAGUCGAGCGGCGGGCUGUCGGAGGACGAGAUUGAGCGCAUGGUCCGCGAAGCCGAAGUGAACGCGGAAGCCGACGCCAAGCGCAAGGAACUGAUUGAAGCCAAGAACGAAGCCGACUCGCUCGUGUACACGACUGAAAAGACACUGACGGAGCACGAGGCCAAGCUGGACGCGUCGUUGGUCGAGUCGGUCAAGGCGAGUCUGCAAGGUGUGCGGGACGCAAUCGAAAAGGACGACCUCGCGACGCUCAAGGCGGCUCUGGAAGACUUGAACAAGACCAGCAUGAAGAUUGGCGAAGCCAUCUACAAGCAAGGCAACACGACGACCGACGGUGCCGACGACAAGAAGGAGGACAAGGAAGACGUCCACGAUGCUGAAUUCAAGGACAAGAAGCCUUAAGUCCCGUAUUUUAACACAUAUUCCUACAAUAGAGUUGUAUAUCCUAAGUGCAAAUCACAUACUAUUGCGUAUAGGAA